AAAAUUACUUUCUCUCGUUACACGGAACGGGUAUGUUCUUGCGAGCUAAUUCAACGAUCGUUUCGACAGUGGUCGCCGCGAUUGUCGAUCUUUAGCUCGACGUAUUCGUCGAUAGCGAGAAACGGCUCGAUAGGUUUAAUUAUUGCGCGAACCGUGAAACGGUCCCGAUCGAUCAUUCAGUUCGUCGAUGCAAAGCAAACCGAUUCCAAUAAUUAGAAGUUGAUGCAUGUAGAAGCAUGUAACGGGACAGGUAACGCUGGCAUUUCCAUGAAAGUGAAAACAUCGAGUGAAAACUUUCUUUCUGGCUUGUAGGUUGUUUCACUUCCUGUGCGCGUAACCUCACUCUCCUGCCGCCGCUGCAUUUCUAUGCAGCUUCUACACGCCGCUGUCUUUACGUAAUCCUCAGCCGCGAAAGAAAGUUUCCAUCGUUGCGAGGAGGUUAACAUCCUCUAGCCUACCUAUUCAAAUAUCGUUCGCUGCCCCAUGUAAUCGGGAGCAACGCGCUGCGUUGAAAACGAGGCGAUCAAAUAUCUAUAUACCCGCAUGGAAAGAGAACUCUCCAAUGAAACCUUAUUAUUUCCUUUCUUUAUAUAAUCAAUGGAAAUUUGUACGAUGCAAAAACGUCGCUAGGAGCACUUGUUUUCUCUUAGACCCGAAACGUACACAUGGAUGGUAUUGUUUUCAAAGCGGAAGUAUAAACAUCUAUUUGACUCAAGGUGUGAAAUUCAAAUCGCCCGCCGAAACCAGUGUCGGACAGUCUUAACAUGGCAGACGACGAGAGUAGCUCGACGUCCGACGAGAGUUUGGACGCGAAAAGUGAGAAAUUUAAUCCGAUGAAAGCACUUUAUUCAAAAAAGAUUCAACUAUCGGCCAGCAAAGCACCGAUUUACGACAAUGUUUCCAAGUUUGAAGCCGUAAUGUCUGGCCUGGCUGGUCAAAAGAAAAAGAAAGACAAAACGCCCGACGUAACGCGAGGAGAAUGUUCGAGACAACGAUUUUUACCUCAUCAAGAGCCUGUGACUGGCAGAAAGACGACCGGACGACCAGACUGGAGUAUAGAAGGAAGAAACGUCCUCGCGAAAAUGCAAAGAGCCUUCGGCCCGUUAGGUAUGCUACACGGAUACAUGGAAAGUCGGACCCGCGUUAAGGAACCACGAAACGUCUGUCUGGUUGUCGUAUACGCGCGACAUCCUGAGCGUGAUUUAAAAACGCUGAGAAGCACGUUCUCCCUCUAUCAAAGAAAAAAAAUGCGCACUGGUCGAAACGAAAUUUACGAACCGAUCGUGGAAGAGGCCAGUUCAGCACAGAACGCACAGAAGCUGUGUCAGCUAAUAGCAAAGACGACGUAGAAGAGGACGUGAUCCACGAGGAAGGAAGUCGGAAAAGAGGAAAAACCCGGCCGGGCUUCUCGUUUCCCCUUUGUCGUGCGAGAAGAGUGGCUUUCGUGAAAUUCGUCCAAGUGAGUCUCGCAGGAGAGACGGAAAGGGAGACGUGACUUUAGCCAUAAGCCGUAGGUAGGCCGCACAGAGCAUGGACAAGCAAGUCGAGUUGAGAGGCGCGGACGGGCGGUCAGAGACCCCGCAGGGCCGGCGCAAACAGUACAGCAUUACCCACUCGCUCGUUCUAUCGCAACCUGGACCCAACAAUGCUCAAUAAUCGUCCCUGUGAUCGCGCCACCUUUUAACCGACAACCUGGAAAAAUCGUCUGCUCUUUUUCCAUCGGUUUUGCGCCUUUCUUUUUUUUUUUUUUUUUUUUUUUACAGCCCGCAAAAAUACACGUCGAAGAGAAGAGAGAAAUACCAGACGUUGCGUCGUGGUUUUUUUCUUUGCGAGAUCAAGCGAAUCUAAAGAGUGGAAUUGUAGGAAGAGAAAAGAGUCUUGGAACGAUAAGACGGUGGAGAGGGAUCGUUACGAAUAACCAAGAAUAGAUGGAUGGUAAAAGACCGUAAACGAUGAAUUCGACAGCGAUUUCGUUAAUUUCACUUUUCAUCGAACGUGCAUUUUUUACUGUUCGCGAUCGAGCACACAGGAACGAACGAGCGAGCGAGCGUGUAUGCACAGCUCCACGGGACUUUCUCUGUAAUUCGCGGCAUAGUCUUUACGUCUCCUCGGAAUUAUGAUUUCCGCGAUUCGUUAUAAAUACGUUCAACGUGACGCUACAUAAUCAUAACGCUUACCCGUUUUACGCUAACUUUCUGUAACCAGAAACCGCGCAAUAAUGUUCCUAAUUUCGUCGCUACUUUCUCCCCUCUCCCUGUAGACUCCUUUUUUUUUCGUUCUGGUAUAAUUAACGAACACGAAGAGCUUCGCGGUUAUUAACAUUUUUAAUAGAAGCAUCGUCGACGAGAAAGAACACCGAGAGAUUAAACGAAGAUACGACGCAUCGUUAAGACGUAAACAUAGCGCGAGAAGCUUCUACAAAGUUAAUUAUUACUCAUCUCAUUGAUAUCGUAAACGAUUUCAACUUCGUACAUAGGUGUAUACAUGGUAUAAUUUUUAUGCAGGCUGGUGUAGAGGCGAACGAAAAGUCACAAGGCAUGAAAACAAGAAAGAAGUCUAACUUCGUAAGAACGUAAAUUCCGCGAACUCUCUAGUGCGACUAUAGGAUCUGCGUGGCUGGAUUUCGAGCUAGAUAGAUGGUGCGAAAGAUACCCGAAGGAAAAGUUAAAUAUUGACUGGCGCGGCUAGCUUUAACUUCAACGUGGAAUCUUACGCGUCUAUUUUAGUUCCAAGUAAAGGAAUAGGCUGUUCGUUCCAACGUGUUUUGCUAGGAACAUAAACAAUGUACCAAGAAUACUAGGCGCGAUAGAAAUCGCACGGUUAAUGCGUUUCGAUGGCACCCGCGGUGCGAUCCACGGAAACGCUUUGGAAAACUCGCGAAAAAGAAUUGGGACGUCGUCGGUCGUUUCGAAGAGAACCGACGCUUUUUCCACGAUUCGCCGAAACUUUCGACGAUGUCCUAGUCCGUCUUAAACCGUAUACGGUCAAUGAUCCCUUCCUGCCCCGAUUUCACCAAUUUCGCUGAAAAAAAAAAAAAAAAAACGCCUUCUCGUUGCGCUACUAGCUUCGUCUAGUGGCUUUGCGUUUCCAGUUGAUAGCUCGCGGACGCGAUCGAUUAAAAAUCCUUCGAGAAACUCAUUACCGAAAGAUAACGCGAAUUACGUAUUACAGAAAUUAUUAACCCUUGACGUACUGCUCGCAACGUAUGACUAAUUAAAUUAGAAACUCACGAAGCUCUAGAUACAAUCUUUCAGCCUAACAUCGAAUGGUUCGGCGAGUAAUACGCGAUUCAUCCUCUGGAUACUAUAAUAUAAAGCGUAAUGAUCCUCACUCACCGAUCGAGGACGCGCCCGUGACAUCUGGAUCUAGCUGAUUCGCGUAGCUUUCUUCUACUCGAUCGUCACCGAGAGACCGUCGGUCCUCUCUUCCGGUUCUUCGGUGUUCACUUCAAGUCACCAACUGACAAACCACCCACACACUGCACCGUCCUCGUCGGAAGAUUCGUAAUCUUCCAAGUCGCGAUCGUUCUCUGUUACGGUCGUCGUCGUUCUCCACUCUCUGUGCAUCCAGCAGGAUCGAAAGAAUAUUCGUGAAACGACGGUGGAAGAGGAAAUCGACGGGGGGAAAAAUGGUCGCGGCCGUGCAACCGGCACGGUGUCCUUUUGCGAUGUCACUCGGUACUCGAUGUAUACUGUAUAGGUUGGAGCCGUGUAUCGUUCUGUUACGUUCCGGCGGUUUAGCCGGCACGUGGUCGCGUACGAAACACUUUCAGUCUGGCCGUCGAGAGAGAGAGAGCCCACGCGUCUCGUGUGCUUGUAAUCGCGCGUUCGACUGAGCGGCCGAGUACUCCCGAACUCCCCGGCUCUCGCUCGUGCCGCUCUUCCUGCUCGCGCUCGUCUCCUUUCCUCUCCCUCUAACGCACGCCGACUUCGAUGCGUCGCCUCUCUCUACCGCGAGCCUCCCCACUCUUUCUUCGUCGCUCCAAAACGCCUUUUCGUGCAUUUCUCUCCAAUAUUUCGAUCCCUCUUGUUCCUUGUCUCGCGAUGUUCAUCCUUCCUUAUCACUACGACUCUCCCCAUCUCUCUCUCUCUCUCUCUCUCUCUCCCUCUCUCUCUCUCUCUCUCUCUCUCUCUCUCUCUCUCUCUCUCUCUGAGACUCGGACUUCUUUCUUCUUCUGUUUUCACAUUUUUGCAAAUAUUACGAUUAUCCGGUAUCUAUAUACGAUAGCGCAAGUGUGCCGGUUGUCGAUAGCCGUAACGAUUACAGCUUUGUACGUUUUAUCCGUAAUUGUUAGCGACCAAUGGCAGCAUCAAACGCUUGUAUUAGCUCGUGUUUCCUAUUACUUGAGAGUUUACGCCUUGUUCGAAUACUUUCCCUGCUUUCUUUCGCGACGUGCACCGUAUUACGCCACUGUCAGUGCCGCUUAAGCGUUUUCGAUUGAUCGCCUCAUCCUGCGUUCCACGCUUGUCGUUUCCUCGAAGCUCCGAGUUCGACGUUAAACUCGGUACCACGCGAUUUUCUCAAGGCUUUCGUCCUCACCGACUGCAUAGAAGGAAAUCGUACGAAAGCCCAGCGGCUCGUAAUCGUCGAAAGAGAAGCGUCUCGUCCAUCUUCGUUCUCGACACUCUCAUUUUCUUCCAGCUCGCUAUCUCGGUACACUGGAACAGAGGAUUUAUUAUCUGUUACGUCGUGUAAUGUCUUUUGAGGCAGGUUAGGGUGCUUAACUCGACAUUAGCCGUUGAGGUCUGCCCCCUACGGCGGCACUCUUCUGCAUUCUGCCGGUGAAAUCGGUUGACGCGCGAUCAACCACCACGGUAGCAGUAAAUCACUAACCGAGCAUUAACUGUUGCAAACGGUUGAACGUUUUAUUGCGUAUUUGCGUCGAACGCGCGACGAUUAAGUCAACGCUGCCGAGUUAGCUCGUACCGGCCGAGCUUCGAUCGCCGCAGCUCGCCAACGGUGUUAGAGAAAUCUCAAGAAAAGGGUGGACACGAUGCGAUAUCGCUGCAAGGUCGAAUGGAACUUUUAAACGAGCCGUAUAUGGGCCAGUAGGUCAAACAGACAUUAGUAUAUACAUUAGUAUAUACAAAGUAGAUCACGCGUGUGGAAAUCGUGUCGCUCGACGUUCGUCGAUACGUUGGACGAUAUACGAUGCACCGUACGCAUCCAUUAAAAUUCGAUAAGGCUCCGUUGAUUUCCAGCCUACGCUAUCGAUCGACGAAGCCAGACAUCCGUCGCAAACACGGACAUUACAUUUUUUCGUUGCAUCGUGAUCGUUGUCGUUUUAAGGAAUCGACUGAUACGAAUUUACCGAACGGGAGGAUCCAUCUUGGACGAAUCGAACAUUGCGAUCGAUAGCACGCGCGGCCUCUUGCGUUUUCACGAGCAUACGGUCCGUGAUACGAAUGAACGAGUUCUUCCGUAUUUUUCCUCUCUGUCCAGCUUACAAACGAUAAAGAUUGAUAGUGGUAAUCUAGAGAUGCGCCAUAGUAGAAUCACGAAGCGGUAGGAUAAUCCCCAUAGACGAUUCCAUCUACCUGAAUGUUAAGAUUUAUGUGUCUAAUAUGACCGGUAUUAAUUCAUAAAUCCGGAGGGUAUUACCAUCUACGAAACUCGCGAUUCAUAAAUCCCGAGAUUUAUGCGCGCAAUACUAAGCACGAGAUGGAAAUGCUCGCUAGCCCGUUCGCUCGCAAUGUGUGCAGUUAAAUUAACCUUGAAGCGAUUCAGUUGCUCGGAUAAAAUUGCAAAUCUUUUAGCUACUCGCUUUUAGCGUUGCCCGUUAUUAAAUAUUCCGUGUUCACCGUGUUCACAGCGGCGGCGACCACCGUGGACACCGGGUGCGCGUAAAAUCGCGAAAACGAUUUACUCUCUUCUCCACGAAGCGAAUGCUUCGAAGCGCCGUACGCGAGAGAACUGCUGCAUGACUUCGAUUAAAAUUUUUCGGCCAGUCGAGAACGCGCGCGCGCGCAAGCGGGGCCGCACUCGUUCCCUAACGGACCAGUAUAUAUUCGAAAAGAAAAAGAAAAGAAAAGAAAAAAAAAAAAGAAUU